GACUACUGACUACUGACCCUAUUUCACUUAUAAGUCAUCUUUUGAAGCUUUCUGAUUUUUCCACUUCACCACUUCUAUCAACCAACAAAGCUUUUCUUGGUCUUGUGUAAGGUUUUGAAACAAUGUCUUCAACCGCGAUCUGGCUACGACAUUGAAGUUUUGAUGUUUUUGUGACAAGAACGCGACCGUGAUUGAGGCCACAUCAACUGCAUUUAUUUGUGAUUCUCUGUAAUAUCAAGCAUCAAGAUAAAACCGCAGUUGUGGACUUGUGUAAGGUCUUAAAAAUCGCAACAGCUACUAGAACUGGAAUUCAACAAAGUCGAAAAGAAAAAAGUUCAUCAAGUGAGAAUUCAUUAUCUUUGCAGCCAUGGUUUUAGGCAUGAGAGGAAAGAACAUGAGAACUAGCAAAGUUCAAAUUGAUUACCUAAUUCAUAUUCAAGAGAUUAAGCCUUGGCCUCCAUCACAAUCAUUACGAUCCCUCGGUUUUGUUUUAAUGGAAAUGAAGAAUGGUUCUAGCACAUUAGCUUCUACUAAACUAGUAUCACCUUCACUUGGUUCAGUUAUAGGUGAAGGAAGAAUAGAAUUCAAUGAAUCAUUUAGAAUUUCAGUGACAUUGUUGAGGGAUGUAUCCAUUAGAAGCGGCGAUUUUGAUGUGUUUCAAAAGAAUUUCUUGGAAUUCAACUUGUUUGAGCCAAGAAAAGAUAAUAAGAUUGUUAAGGGUCAAGUAUUAGGAAGUGCUAUUGUAGAUUUAGCUGAUUAUGGAAUAAUUAAAGAAGGAUUAAGCAUUUGUACAUCUUUGAACUGCAAGAGGAGUUAUAGAAAUAAUGAUCAACCACUAUUGUUUAUUAAGAUUCAACCUGUUGUAAAGAUUCGUGUUCGUUCGACGUUGAAGGAAAGGUUUUCAAAUGAUGUUUUGGAGGAGAGUAGUAACGGUGGUGGCGAUUCGGUAUCGGCAUUGAUGAAUGAAGAAUAUGCUGAGGAAGCUGAGAUUGCUUCUUUUACUGAUGAUGAUGUUUCUUCACAUUCAUCUGUGGCAGCAGCUUCUAAUUCAUUUGAGUCUAGUGGUUUUACACCUCCUAAAUUUGAUAAGAAUGAACCAAAUGGACAAAUCCAAAAGACAAAUUUGAAUGAUAAGGAACAUCAUUUGGCUUCACAAACAAGGCUUGAAAAUGAAAUCAUGAAUAUGAUGCAACAAGAUUCAUACAAGAAGAUGAACAGUUCAUCAUCAAUGGAUGCAUCUUCUGGUUUUGACUCUUCUUCACCAUCUUCAGUUUGUAAAAAUUUAGACAAAGAUUCUAGAAGCAGAACAAGAAGCAAUGAUCAUGAAAAUUUGAAUGGAAAUUUUCAUGACAAGGUUGUUCAUUCUAGAAAUAUAGUUGAAGAUGUUCAAAGAUUAAGUAUCAAAAGUAAGAUUAAUCCAAAGGUAUCAAGAAAUAGUAGUUUAGAUGGUAAAAUUGAUUACUUGGAAAACAAGGUAAAGAUGCUUGAAGGAGAGUUAAGAGAAACUGCUGCUAUUGAAGCUGCUUUAUAUUCAGUUGUUGCUGAACAUGGAAACUCCAUGAGUAAGGUUCACGCUCCGGCUCGACGCCUUUCGAGGCUUUAUCUUCAUGCUUGUAGAGAAAAUGUUCAAGGAAGAAAGUAUGGUGCAGCUAAAAGUUCUAUUUCAGGAUUAGUACUUGUUUCAAAGGCUUGUGGAAAUGAUGUUCCAAGGUUAACCUUUUGGUUGUCUAAUACUAUAGUGUUGAGAACAAUCAUAAGCCGAAACUCGAAAGAUUUGGUUUCACCAAAUCAUGGCGGUUCCAAUAGGAGAAGAAAAUCUGAGGCAGAUGGAAAUGGCAAGAUAUCAUCCUCACAAAAGUGGAAAGGAGGAAAGACUGAAAAUACAACAAUAGGGUAUGACUGUUUUGGUAACUGGGAUGAUCCACAUGUAUUCAUUUCAGCGUUGGAAAAUGUUGAAGCUUGGAUCUUCUCUCGCAUAGUAGAAUCUAUAUGGUGGCAGACUCUAACUCCACAUAUGCAACAUGUUGAUACAAACUUGACCAACAAGGAAGUAGAUUCUGCCUCAAGGAAAAGCUACAAAAGGACUUCUAGUUCAUAUGAUCAAUAUAAGGGUAACUUGUCACUAGAUAUUUGGAAGAAUGCUUUUAGGGAAGCAUGUCAAAGACUAUGUCCUAUUAGAGCUGGAGGGCAUGAGUGUGGAUGUUUGCCUGUUCUUCCUAGAUUGAUAAUGGAGCAAUGUGUGGCAAGAUUAGAUGUGGCUAUGUUCAAUGCAAUUUUGAGGGAGUCUGAUGACGAAAUACCAACUGAUCCUAUAUCUGAUGCUAUUAGUGAUCCUAAGGUUCUCCCUAUUCCACCUGGAAAUUCAACCUUUGGAGCUGGUGCUCAGCUGAAAACUGUGAUUGGGAAUUGGUCUAGAUGGUUGAGUGAUCUAUUUGACAUGAAUGAAGAGGACUCACAUGAAGAUAAACAUAGCUCUAGUAACAAUGAGAAGAAAAAUGACACAUCUUUUAAGUCCUUCACUCUUCUUCAUGCACUAAGUGAUCUCUUGAUGCUUCCUAAAGAUAUGAUAUUAUGUGCAUCCAUUAGGAAUGAGGUAUGCCCCAUGUUUAGUGCACCACUUAUCAAGAAGAUUCUUGAUAACUUUUUACCAGAUGAGUUUUGCCCUGAUCCAGUUCCUACAACUGUUCUUGAAGCUUUGGACUUAGAGAAUGAUAUAGAAGAUGGAAAAGAGUUUGGUAACAACUUCCCAUGCACUGCAGCUCCAAUUGUCUACUCACCACCGCCAGUAACUUCCGUCGCAAGCAUUAUCGGAGAGAUUGGAAGCAAAUCUCAGCUAAGAAGAAACAAAUCCUCUAUUGUUAGGAAGUCAUACACAAGUGAUGAUGAGCUCAAUGAAUUGAAAGCACCAUUAUCUUCAAUAUUCUUUGGAGAUUCCUUAUCCUCGUCGGUAACAAAAUCGAAUUCAAAGUCGAGAGAAAUUCGCAGUGAAUCUCCUGUUAGAUAUGAUCUUCUUAGGGAUGUGUGGAUGAAUAGCAAUUAGUCUUCUUGCAGAAGAUUGAAUGAGAUUUACAAUCUUCCAAAGUGUGGAUUGUGUGAAAAAUACACAAGUAAAUAUGUAAUGUAACCACCUUUGAUAUGGUUUUGGAACUAUAUACCAAAAAUGUAGGAAAUAGAUCUUCUAAUACAGUUACAGCAGGCACCGUUCCAUCUAAAUUGACGGAUAAGAUUAUUUGAUUGUGUAAAUUAAUUUAGACCGUCAAAUCUAAAAUUAAUGACUGAUAUCACAAACUAUGGCAAACUACUACUGCAGUGCAGUAAAUCCAAGUCCAAAAGUGUAGGCUAAAUUGCAGUUUUGGUCCCUCACGUUUCCUAAUUGUGCAA